UAAAUAUUUUAUGUUCCAAGUGGUUCCACAAGAAAUGUCAUUUUAUAUCAUAUUAAUUUAGUAUGUAUGUUAAUUUUACAGUUGUUUUCUCAUAUGAAAAUAGCAAAAGCUGUUAUCAAGAAAGACCCACGUUAGUUUUCCGUUGGAUUUGCAUUUUACCGGUGCUCCUAGUUUUUGUGUGGCAACGAGAAUUACAGUAAUUGAAUGACUAGAGAAUGAGUAUCAAUGGCUUAAAUAGAAAAAAAAAAGGAAAAUAUUUAAUGACUUAUAUUCAUGUAGAUGUGCAUUAUGUUUAUGAUACGUUCUGAGAUUCCAGACGCCACGAGGUAACGGUAUCGUGAUAUUCACAUAGCAUCAGAAACAUGUUUCCGGAUUCUAUUUAUAUUUUUAUUUAGAAUAACACCAUAUCUCUGGUAUGCUGUGCGUAUUGAAGAAAAAAAAGUUUCAGUGACAAUUAGAAAGUUUUAACUUGUAUUUUGAAUGUACAUGUAUCAGCUAAACAUAUAUAUGUGUAUACCACUAUUGUAUAUUUUUUUGACUUGAUAAUUAAACACGUGCAGGUAGAAGUUUAUUUUACUACUUUUAUCUCAGCAGGUGUUGAAUCGGUUUAGUUUAAAUUUUGACCUAUUUCUAUAACUUAUUUUAUAAAUUGUCUAUUAAAAUUAUUUAUUUAAAAUAUAACUUCGUAAUACUCAUCGCCGGUCACCAGUUUUGAUAAUUUAAUAAUUAAACAGUUGGUAGAAAAAUAAAUUUCAAAGAAACUGCUGGUGAAAUUGGUGUAACAGAAAAAAUUUAAAUGUACAUGAUACCUUGACAUACUCGUGUUCAUGACACAUGUGCGGAUCAGCACUUUUACUUUGAAAAUGAUGAUCUCCAUAUCGUAUUCCAAUUGCUUCAUACAUAUGAUUAUUUAUGUGUCAUCACAAAAUUGUAAUCCGAGACAAUGGGAUCAGAGGCUUGGGAACUCGAAAGAAGAUACUCGGUACCUGGGGUACUUGAUACACGUGGACUGGAACCACCAGCAAGCGAAGAUCUUCAUGCUUGGUCAAUAUACAGACAAAAUUUGAAUUCCGAUUUUACGGAUUCAGCGCUUGGUUCAGCUGAAAAAUCACCUCUACCUUACGGUAAUUUCCAACUCCGCGAUUCAACGGUACAGAGUAUCCUCAGACAUCCGCGGUACGGACCCAAGAGUCCGUUGGCAAACAAUUCAUACACAUAUUUAAAAUUUGGACUGCCACGUGUACUGCCCCCAUCACGCGCUAAAGAUGGUUCCAGUGGCUAUGAUUCAAGUGAAGAAGGUAGAAAAGUAUCUCACAGUGGAAUACCACCCCAGUCAAGCACUGCCAUGAGAUCUGCUCGAAGUGACCCUGAUUUCCGUCAGGUUCAUGUGGCACCACGUGAACAAGCCCACUCACAAUUAAUUGUGAGAGAUCACCCAAAACUGAGAAGUGUAAGUGAAGCAAAUCUUUUACAAUCCGGACGGCCGAAUAGACGUCACAGUAUAGCACCGAUUGAUCCAGGAUAUGGACAAACAGUUUUGGGAGGUCCAGUACCAAGUCAUUCAGGACUUGAAAGCUACUUGGGUGCAGGUUUACGAAGAAUUCCAUCACUCCAGCAUCCUCAUCUGCAAUUACGCGAACUAGAAUUAUCCACUUCCGAUAAUUUACCGUUACUUCGCGGUAUAACACUUGAAGCCGGUGCUACAGAUGUACUUGCAAUAAUGGCAACAACUGAAAAAGAGGGUACUGCUAUUAUUGAAACUAUUUCUGGUAAACGUAAAAUAAAACGUGGAGAUAUUUUGCUGAAUGGCCGACCAGUGACCUCACGUGCUUUAAGAUCAAGAGUCGCUUAUUUACCAGCAGAAUGCUGUUUGAGUCCUGGUUUGACGGCACAACAAGUUCUUAGUUUCUACAUGUGUCUAAAAGGUGGUUCUAGGGCAUCUGAUAUGGAGAUCGAAGCAGUAUUACAGGAAUUGGGACUUGAAGCAACUAAACAUUGCUUGAUUAAUUCAUUAACGACUUCGGAAGCAAGAAGACUAUCGUUAGCUUGUCGUUUACUUCAAGAUGCGCACAUACUAACACUUGAUAGACCAACACAUGGUCUUGAUAUUUUUGAUGCAUUUUUUCUCGUUGAGUAUUUAAGACAUUGGGCAACUAGAGGACAGAGGCUUGUUGUCUUGACACUUCAUCCACCGACGUAUGAAAUACUCACGAUGGUUUCGCGAGUUGCAUUGACUUCAGGCGGUAGAAUAAUGUACUCUGGACCUAGAAGAGAUAUGUUGCCUUACUUCGCACUUGCUGAAUUUCCAUGUCCGCCGUUUAAAAACCCAUCGGAUUACUAUCUUGAUUUAGUGACUCUUGAUGAUUUAUCAGCAGAAGCAAUGCUUGAGUCAUCACAAAGAAUAGACCAUCUUGCAGAGUUAGCAAGAUCACGGUUACCAGGUCUGAGUGAUCCAAGUCCACCUGGAGUAUUACCACCGGCUAUAUACGACGCCAAUAUAUUUAUUCAAAUAUAUGCGCUGCUUUUAAAAACUCUUAUAUAUAGUCAACCCUGGACAAUGACUAGACUUGUUCAAAAAAUAGUUGUAGCUGCAUCAUUGAGUAUUAUACUCGGGGCAAUAUUUUGGAAUGUUGCUGGAGACAAUAAUUUACAUUUAAGAGACAGAGUAGGAUUGUAUUAUUCAAGUUUUGGAAUUCUUUUCUGGCCGCUUGGUUUAAUUGGUAUUUGUGAAGUUGUUAAUGCAAGACCCAACGUUGAAAGUGAUAUAAAACAUGGUCUAUACGGGCGUUUUAUUUAUAUUAUUAUUGAGCUUAUUUGUAGUGUUCCUUCAUGGUGUCUUGUUUACGUAACAUAUUUAGUUCCUGCUUUUGCAAUGGCCGGACUUCAUGAAACACUAAAUGAUAGUUUUACUUCGCUUUGGAAUUAUCUUGCCUAUGGAUUACUAUAUAUUAUGUUACAACAUUUAAUAUGCAUAUUUUUUGCUCAUAUCUGUAAAUGGAGUGGAGUUGCAGCGUUAAUCUCUGGUAUAAUAAUCGGCGAAAUAACUUUAGGCGGAGGUGUAACACUACACUUGGAAAAUUUACCACUUUGGUAUCAGAAACUCAGUCCUAUGGAGUGGGUAUUGUCAUUUUUAUUACCAGAGAUCCAUAAUUCUCAGAUACUUAAUAAAAUAGCUAAUUGUAAAGCUAAACAAAUACAGCGACAAGAUAUUAUUGUACAAGCGCUUUGUGAACCGCCUGAUGGUGCGGCUGCUUUGAGAGAAAUAGCUCUUGAUCAUGUUAAUAAUGCGACUAGUAUUCAAUUAGGCAUUGGAAUUGGUAUUAUAGGAUUAUUAAUUAUUAUUGGAUUUAUGUUAAUACGCUACACGACGUUAAAAAGACCUCGAAGUGCACCUAAUAAGCCGUAGAAACAUUUAAUAAAUAUAAUUUUUUUGUUUAGUCUAUUUUUAAUGUAAAGUAAAUAGAUAUAUUAUUGUAUAUUAGUAUUUUUAUUAUAAGGAACAAUUAUGUGCCACAUUAUUAUAUAAAGUUACUAUAAAAAAGUUCAUUUUACACUAGUGGUGCAAUAAAUAAAGUGUAAUUAUCCGGAGACUCGGUAGUGUCUCGCGCCAAGUACACGUUCAAACACAGGAGUUGCGUGUGUCCUUCCAGAGAGUACGUUGCCGUCGAUUUUUACCCCCACUUUUAGAAAAUGAAUCUAAUCUACGUUAGUACACACUAGUAUUACAAACCGAAACUUUUCGACAAUUCCCGACGGCGACUUACUCUUUGGGAAGACUCUACAUAGACGGCGCGAGACUACCGUCUCUAUACUGGAGUCAGAGGUCUGUAAUCUCACUCAUAUUUAAAACUGAUAAUUAUUAAUAAAUACGGCAUAUUUUUA